CAUGCGCAGAGUGCUUACUAAAGUUUGGAGUGAUUCGUGGAAGUUUGAGAUUUGGAGGAAAAAAAGCCUAGCAGAAAGUCGGGGACUUGUAAAAUGGCUUUUCGCAGGAGAAAUAAGAGUUAUCCUUUCUUCAGCCAAGAAUUUCUCAUUCAGAAUCACGCUGACAUUGUCUUUAGUUUGGUUAUUUUCAUUUUGAUUGGACUGAUGUUCGAGACGACAGCCAAAACAGCCAUUUUAUUCAUCCAGCCUCAGUACAACAUCAGCACCAUGAGUGCAGAUGGAGAAAUGACUCUGUAUCAUUAUGGAUGGAAAGACUGUGCCACUGUCCUCUUCUAUCUUUGUAUCACCAUCAUCCUUCACGCAGUGGUUCAGGAGUAUGUGCUAGAUAAAGUUAACCGGCGUCUCCACCUGUCGAAGAGUAAAAACACAAAGUUUAAUGAAUCUGGGCAGCUGUGUGUGUUUUACCUGGUGUCCAGUGUAUGGAGUCUCUAUGUCAUUGCCACAGAGGGAUUCCUCCUGCAUCCCAGCAGCCUUUGGGAGAAUUACCCUCAUGUUCACUUGAGGUUCCAGGUGAAGUUCUUCUACCUCACACAGCUGGCAUACUGGUUUCACGCAUUGCCCGAGCUUUACUUCCAGAAAGUGAGAAAGGAGGAAGUCCCUCGUCAGUUGCAGUACAUCAGUCUCUAUCUGUUGCACAUUCUGGCUGCGUAUCUGUUGAACUUGACACGGGUCGGGCUGGUCCUGUUGUUUCUGCAGUAUCUUUCUGAGAUGGGCUUCCAUCUGUCUCGACUGUUCUACUUCAUUGAUGAAAACCACCACAAAAUGUUUGAGAUGUGGUCCGUUGGGUUCGUCCUGACCCGUAUGAUUACUCUGACUCUGAUGUUCCUGGCUGUCGGCUUUGGUUUGGCUCGUUCUGAAAACCAGAUGCUUGAUUUGGAGACUGGAAACUUCAACACUCUUUCUAUCAGGUUGCUGGUGUUGUUCAUGGUGUGUUUCACUCAAUCCUGGAUGCUCUGGAAGUUCUUCCGGUUCCAGCUGAGCCGAACACGCGAGCUAAGGUUGGAGCAAGCGGCCCGGAAGAGAGCGGCCGCCAAACAACAGUCGCAGCGCACGCUGAAGCGAGAUUCAGUCGGUCAUCAUGAGAACGGACUCAUUAAAGCAGAGAACGGCACAUCUCCUCGUCUCAAGAAGAUCAAAGCGCCGUAAACUCCAGCCUCACACACACACACCGAGGGCACAGGAAACAGAUCAUCUGCUUUCUGUUACCACAUCAAGAGAAGUGCAUGUGGCGUUUCUCCAAGGAAGUGACAUCAGGACUAGGGAACGGCAACGAUUAAUCGCGAUUAAUCACAUCCAAAAUAAAAGUUUGUGUUUACAUAAUAUAUGUUUGUGUAGUGUGUAUAAUUAAUUUGUGUAUAUAUAAACACCCACACAUGCAUGUAUAUAUUUAAGAAAAAUGUGUUAUUAAUAUAUCAAAUAUUUAUAUUUAUAUAUAAUAUUAAUUGUGAAUAAAUAUAUAUAAACUAUAUACAUGCAUAUGUGGGUAUUUAUAUAUACAAAUUAAUUAUACACACUACACACACAUAUAUUAUGUAAACACAAACUUUUAUUUUGGAUGCGAUUCAUCGUGAUUAAUCGUUGCCCAUCCCUAAUCAGGACCCUCAACAGGCUCUUGUCAACGUUUCUAAACUUUUUUCCAGUUUCAGUAUUCAUUAUUUCUUCUGCAUACGUUUUCUACACAUCACUCCGUCUUUCUUUAUUAAAGUGCUGUUUUGAGGAUAGUUUGUUUUUCUGCAUCUGCAUUUUGAGGUAUAAAACUGGCAACUAUGGUGGCCUUGAAAGGACACUCAUUGAGAUGAUUUUGUGAGACUUCACACAUUCUGAGUUUGUAAUGAACAAAAUAUUUACGUGACAAUCUAAAAACAACCGGCAAAGAAACAAUCCAUGUUUUUGUCUGGUUUGUGGUAGGAACAAGUGUUGUAGCAGUGAAAUGCCCCUGAAUCAGAGCAAACACUCAGUCUUUCUCCUGUAACGAGUGUUUAUGCUUUGUACGUUUAUGCAGUUUGAUAUUUUAUUGUAUAUGAUGAUGCUUUAUAAAUGUUGAACCUUUUUGAAUAGUAAACAUUUCAACAGAAAAAUUUCAACUUUUUGUUAUUUCAUUGUUUAUUUAAUCAUAUAAA